AUGCGAACACUACCCCUCCCCUCAAAAAUCGUGGGGGGUAGGGGUAGGGUUCGCAUGUGGCCCCCUACAGGCGCCACCCGCUCGUCGCUGGGCCUCGCCGGGACGGCGCCAUCAGCGCAAGAGGACCGGGCCGAGGUCCACGCGGAGGCCUGUGCCGCGGGCGGCGCCGCGGGCGCCCGUGCCGCGGGGCCCAGCGGGCCCGGGGCCCCGCCCGAGCGGCGCCGUGGCGAGCGGGGCGGGCACUGCUGGGCACUCUGGGUGCGGGGCGAGAACCAGUCCAGCCAGAUCGUGGACACCAGGGGCAGCACCGCGGUGGGCCCCGCUGCCGGCGCGGAGGUCCCGGCCCGGAUGCUCUGCGCGGAGGAGCUCACGCGGCGCGCCCUGCUGUCCCCGAACUGCGCGGAGGGGGUCUGCGCGUGCACCCAGCUGGGUCGCACCAGUUGCUCGUGUCGUGCGGUCAUGGGCGCGUCGCGGGCGCGGCUCGUGCUGAAGCACGCAGAGUGGCUCUCCGACCACGGCCACGCCAGGGGCGCGGAGGUCCGCUUCCAGGAGGCCAGCCGUGAGGCGGCGGAGCACGGCCAGGCGGCGCUCGCACACAGAGCCUCUGCGCGGUUGGGGCACCUCCUCUCGAGGCGGGGCCGCUUCGCGGAGGCGCUCGAGGCCCUCCUCGAGGCCCAGCGGUUCGGAGACCUCGCCCUGGAGGAGGAGCGCGAUCCGGCCACGCCGUGGCUGCUCGGGGUGGCUUGGUUGCAGGCAGCAAGAUGCGGCGCGGCGAAGUGGCAGGAAUCGAACGGAAGAGUGGAUCCUUAG